AUGCCUCCGCGCGUUUCUCCACCUGACAUUGAUUCACCUUUCUAUAUUCAUCCAAGUGAAGGACCUAAUUUGGUUUGCAUCUCCCCCAAGCUCAAUGGAUCCAACUACCUUGCAUGGAGCAAGUCUAUGCAACGAGCUUUAGGCGCGAAGAAUAAAUUUUCUUUCAUCAAUGGUGAUCUCGCGAUUCCUUCACAUCAAGAUCUCAACCGUAAUCAAUGGGAAAGGUGUAAUCACUUGAUUCAUUCUUGGUUAUUGAAUUCUGUUUCGGAGCAAAUUGCUUCCACCAUUGUUUUUCAUGUUAAUGCGAUUGAUGUUUGGAUAGAUUUACGUGAACGUUUUUUGAAAGCAGAUCGUAUUCGUAUCUUCAAUCUUCAUUCAUCUAUUAACAACCUGAAACAAUCUUCACGUUCCGUUAUGGAUUAUUUCAUUGAGUUACGUGGUUUAUGGGAAGAACUCAAUGAACAUCGUCCAAUUUCUGCUUGUACAUGUGUUCAACAGUGUCGUUGCCUUGCCAUGCAGAAUACUCGUGCCUAUCGUGAUGAAGAUCAGGUUAUGCAGUUUUUAUCCGGUCUCAAUGAUCAAUUUUCAGUUGUUAAAACACAGGUUUUGAUGAUGGAGCCUUUACCAGCUAUCAACAAAGUUUAUUCUCUUGUUGUGCAAGAAGAGAGCAAUCAUAAAUCUGUUAGCCCUAAUGAAGAUGAGAAUGCCUUGAUGGUUAAUGCUGCUAAUCGUUUUGAGCCCAAGGAAUUGGCCAUACAGUUGAUUUUUGUUAUCAAAAAGCAUGGUCAUCCCAAUUUCAACAAGAACAAAGCGCAAGCCAAUGCUUCUACUACUCAGGAUUCUGAUGUUGACCAUACACCUGCUAGUUCUGCAUCUCCUUCUACUGAUCCUCAUGCCAACAUUUCUCAAGCUCAAUAUGAUCAGUUAAUUGGUUUACUCCAACAGAUCAAUUUGAUUCCAUCCACCAAUCCCUUAGUUUCCACCUUGAUGACUGAUUCUAUUCAUAAUGCUGAACCUUCAGGUAUUGUAUGUAAUAGUUUCAAUUCUUCUGCUCGAGCCAAUUAUUGGAUACUUGACUCUGGUGCCAAUGACCAUGUGUGCUCUUCCUUAGCUCUUUUUACUUCCAUUCAUAGUAUCACUCCUAUUUCUAUUACUCUUCCUAAUGGCAGUUCUAUUCGUGUUACACAAGCUGGUCAUGUCCAUUUUUCAUCUACACUCUACUUAGAGGAUGUACUAUACUCCAAUGAUUUCAUCUCAAUUUGA